ACCAGUAGACGAAUGACGUUAAUAAGCGUCAUCAAUGCGAGCCCAAGUGCUUUCCCUCCCCAAACUAAAGCGGAAGUAAACAAAUCAAACAUGAGCUGGGACCGUAUUACACCCGUUAUUGCAAAAUCUGCUUGUUGAACUGUAGCUUUAGAUUGCGGGUUGGUUCUGUUAAUAUCGGCUCAUAAAUACAUCUUAGAGGCAGCUGAAACAACCCGCCACCUUCAACCCACAGCGAAAAUCAAGUAACAGUAAAAUCAAGUUGGCGCGUUUUGGAUGAAGAGCAAUAUUUGCUUACACUGACCAACAUAAUGGACUGUAGCACCGCUGACCUGCACGCUAACGUGGCACACGACUCUCCAGAUGUGAGCUCCAGCAGUGAUGAGGACUUAGUGCCUCUAUCAAAGCUGCUGAUGAGGCAACAGAGUGAUGAGAAGGAGUCAUGCGACAAUACCCGCAGCUUAUCCUCCAACUCCAACAAUAAAUCAAAAAAGGACAAAGGUGAUGGUUCAGAUGGCUCCUCGGAUGAUGAGCCGCUAGUAAAGAUGAAGACAAGCCUUGCACCACCUAAGAAACAAGAGAAAAAGGAAAACACACCACCCAAAUCUAACAGCACAAAUAACAAGAACACAGACGAAGACUCUGACAACGAGCCUUUGAUAAAAAUUGCCAAAAUGUCCUUGAAAGCUGUGAAAAAACCUCCCUCAGUUCCAACCAAAAAAGCUGCUGGUAGAAAGAAGAAAGAGUCACUGGGCAAGGACGACAGCUCCGAUGAUGAGCCUUUUAGUCAAGUUGCCAAGAAACCUCAGUCACGGCACGAGAGAAGGGCAGCUGCUGAAAAAGCAAACCCGGUUACCAAAUCCAAAAGAAAUGCUGCAAAGAAAAAGGUUAAAUAUACUGAGACAUCCACUGACAGCUCAGAUGAUGAGCCACUGGCAGCGAUAAAGAGGAAGUCAUCGAAACAUAAAGACAGCAGCUCAGAUGACGAUGUGCCCCUUGUGGACUUUGUUGCCAAGAAAAGGAGGCCAGUGAAGAAAAGCCCAAAGAAGAGCACUGUAACACGAGGGCGAGCAUCGAACAAGAGAAAAGCAGAAGUCAGUGAUGAUAGCUCAGAUGAAGAACCGUUGAUUAAUCUUGUGAAAAAACCUCGUGCUAUCAAAAAACCCAAAACAAAGGCUCCCACUCGGAAGAAGAAGAGCACACCUUCUAGGAGUCCAAGAAAGAAGCCAGGUAAAGACUGA